AUGUCUCUCUAUUACAGCUGUGAAAAAUUCUCCCGGUAUGCAACGCCCGCUCUACUAGCUUGGGAAUACUGCAUAACCUUGGACGAUGAAAUGACUUUUUUCUGGGUUCCCAAAAUAUCUUCAAUUCAGUGCUUAUUUUUCAUGACUCGUUAUCUUCCUAUGAUAUUGGGAGUCUGGGACAUCGUCCCAAAAAUCCUGAUGGAUAGCGAUAACCUUUAUGAUGAGCUAGCCCGGUCCGGCUUGAACUUGCAGGUAUUUUUGUUCUCGUGGUCAACUGUAUACGUCGUAGGAGUAAUAGGACGUCUCAUAGUCAUCGAGAGCAUUCUCAUACUACGCGUUUGGGCUAUGUCAGGCAGGAGAAAAAGUGUUCUAUACUUUUUUCCCGUCGCUCUCUUGCUGAAUUUUGGUGUAUCUCUAUUUCUGUAUCUCCGGUAUGGCGCCACAUCUUGGGAUCAGAGGGUCUAUUGGAUUCCGAUGCUCGUUUUCGAAAUAAUUCUAUUCACAACCGCAGUAGGUUAUGGAUUACAAGGGAUGAAAGUCACCCAGAUUCUCGCCCGCUCACGCCACAAUUUCGGACCCAAGCCGAUCAUGGGUCUGCUCCUCAGAGACAGUGUCUUUUACUUCGUGGUUGUCGCUGGCUGUUAUCCCGUCUACGUAUGGCUUAACUCUGAGAUGGGCCUGGCUCUCACGAGCAUUCCCAUAACGCGCAUGCUCCUCAGGUUACGCAAGCGUGCUGCAGAGGACUUAAACAUUCCAGCCACUCAGGAUAUAGAAUUGGAGACUCUCCGAAUUGCGAACUCGAUAACAGAAGGAUCCCUUACCACCCACGUUUGA